AUGUAUUGUGGUCAUCAUUUAUAUUGUAAUUCAUUACUUCGUUUUUAUUUUCAUACAAUGUGUGAUUCACUUGAUAAAGUUUCAUCAUCAUUAUCAUUAUUAACAACAUCUAUUAAUUGUCAAUAUAGUGUUGAAACAUUAUUAGAUGAUUUGCGACAACAAAUUUUUCAACGUAUUCAACCAAAUUUAUAUCAAAGAAAAUUAUCAAUAUUUCGUUUAAUACUUUUAUGUCAACUAAGAAUUGAAGCAAUUGAUUCAUUUCUUAAAUCAAAUGCAGUCAGUGAUGAAUUCGAAGGGGAUCGAGUGAUUUUAACAUCUGUUGCAUUGAAAAGAAAAUAUUUAUUAGGUGGAAUAGUUGAUCAAGCGAAUGAAAUGUUCGAUACAAUUGAAUCUUAUUAUGAUUAUUAUUUUCCUUAUGCACAACACGGUGCUUUACUUUAUUCAGUUCUGCAACGAAUAAAUCUUCUUGCUCCUAAAACUUAUCAUUUUUCUAUUGAUAUUAUUUAUUCUUUAUUUGGUCAAUUUAUUCCAUUAAAUGAUAAAAAGUCUUCUGAAGAUAAAAGUGUGCUGAAUUUAUUGUGA